UCAAACACCAUGAGCUCCCCUGUAAAUAACUCUUCCUCGUCCGUCAACCGCCUCGAUACCAUGUUCCUCCGCCAUCAAAUAGGAAGGCUCCAAGCUUAUGAUUCUGACAACCAUGUUACCGACAAUGAUUUCAUUUUCGACGAAGAAGGAGAGCUAAAAUACCAAUAUGAAGAUGACAAGCCCAUUCCCUACCAAGACGACGGACUGCGUGCAAUCUACCAAGAAGAAGUUCGGAUUGAAGCUGAAGUCAUUUAUCGGAUUCUCAACGGGAAAGCGCAUACCUUGAAGCCUAAUUCUGGUGAAACGGUUAUGAUUCGUGAAAGUAGCAUUGCUGUAGGAUUUCAUGUGGAUGAAGAAGAAGGAGAAUAUAUUGUGUGGGAAUGGCAUGGUCACAUUCCAAGGUAUACUGAAGAGCAUCAAUAUUCUCUUGAGCAUAUCUACGGGAAUUACUUUCAGAGGAUUAUGUCUAAGGAGUGUCCUCCUACACCGUCUCCAAUAGAUGCAGUGGCUGAUAAGGGUUUGAAGGACUUGUCUGAUGGUGACGUUAAUCCUGCCUCUGGUAGAAUUUUUCAUCGCAAUCUCAACAUUGGUUCUGCUGCUUCCAGGCUCUAAGAAUUUCGAUAUUGGACUUUCAAGUUCAAAGGAUCGCAAACAGAGGUCAUGGUCAUCAUCCCAUUCUCUUUGUGGAGCAAAGAUAGUUUUUCCAUUUUCCCAGUACAAAUCUCAAGAAUAAGUCUGCAUUUGUAUACCUGUCUGACUUUCAAAUCAUACUUGUGAAGGAUGCAAGACAUUGUUUUUUAUUUUUAGAUACCAAACAUGGUUUUUUAAUAAGUACUCUUAUUUUCAACACUAAAUGAUAUCAGGUGAUCCUCGUGUACUCCUCUUUUUAACAAAAUAAGUGUUUAUGAUGACGAAAAGAAAAUCAAUAAUGUCUUCAUCAGUGGCAAUGAAUAAAUGAUUUCUUUAUUUAA